CUCCCAAUCCGCUCCACAAUUUCCAGACUUUGAAGUGCAGUGUGUCGUAUCAUAAAUGUUGUCCCACUCUUCCAGCUCAAGCCUAGUUGGAACACUUUAGAUAAGGUUCCCGGACUGAAUCCAACGGGGUAUAUAGGUGUGCUCGCAGUUCUGUGAAACAACAUGGGGAUUUAGACAAGGGUAUCCAAAGGGUCUGGAACUGGAACGUGUAGGAACGUCAGACGGUAAUCUUGCAGAUCUCUGUCUAUAAUGAAGCACCCGAAGCUAUGGAGAGCGUUGUUUUUCAUGACGAUGAUGUACCAGCUUGGAAUGUCAAGCCGAUACGGAUGUGUGUUUGAGAGGAGGCUGUGCUCCAGAGAACAGUUCUGCUCUGAGGAGACUCAUUAAACCACCCAGGAUAUCUCUUACCUUGCAUCACAAUGGGAGGAAAUGAGACACAGGGAGAGAACAUCAGAAUCAUGACCCUCUUCUUAUUGGAACAUCUCGAUCUCGUCCUCACCUCAUCAUUCCACAAGGGACAUUUCUCUUUCUCAGCCUCUCUGUACUACGGGCUGUUUGGUCAGUGCCGCACCUCCAAGCAGGACCUGGUUCAGUACCAGGUGUCGGUUCCGGUUCUGAAACGGAUGCAGGAGGUCCUGAAACAGCUCAUGCUGCAGGGUCUCUCCUGGCAGGAUGACAUCACGCAGUACAUCGUUGCCAAAGAGCUGAGCAGAGUUCCUCACACCACACGGACCUCAUCUAAAGGCUCGUCGUCGCACCAUUCCAAGCAGAGCUCCUCCAAGUCGGGAGGUUAUCCCAGCCACACCAAGGCAGGCGCCCCCCUGCCAGAUGGCUAUGAGGACCCCAUCAUGGUAGAGCCUCCUCGGACCCCCUUCAGAAUGCAGACUCCCAUGGACCCCUACACCUACCAGCAGCACAUGUACCAGGAAGACAAGGAGCGCUCUCUCCACCAGGGCGGAGCCUACGCCGGGCCCCGCCCCCCAUCCAGGUCCCAGCAGGCGAAGCAGAGGGCGAGGGAUCGUCAGCUAAUGCAGGACGUCAUCUCCCUCUACCUGUCCACCGCUCCGGCGCAGUCCUCGUUCCGCCACCGGGGGGCGGCGACCCUCCCCGCCUCUCCGUACUACGAGCACCUGGACCUCCCACUGGACCUCCCGCUGGACCUCCCGCUGGACUACGUGGAGGACUACAGCCUGGCGGAGGAGCAGGGCGGGGCCCGGCAGCAGGGCGGGGCCUGGCAGCAGGGCGGGGCCCGGCAGCAGCCGGCGCUGAAGCAGCAACGUCAGCGGGUGGAGCAGCCACAGAGGGUCCCACAGGAGCACGGCUCUCCGGACACGCUGGAUGAGUCCAUCCUGCAGCGCAUGGUGGACACCUUGGAGAGGUACGCCAUCCACCCCAAAGAUCUGAACCCCCAGCAGCUCUACAGGUUGGCCCUGGUGCUGGAGCUUAUGCAGGCCGAGAACCAGGAGAAAACAGAUCUGUAUGGGAAGGAUGUUUUGCCAGUGAAAGAGACACAGGAGGUUCUUAAAAGCAGUGACAAAGUGUCUCUGGAAGCCCUCACCCAGGCUCCUGCUGCCACCCACGCCCCCCUCACCACAAUCACGCCUGGGGCGAGCGUGUCCACCAAGGGCCCUGGAAUCCCAGCAGAGGAGGUGGAGGAGAAGGUCCAGGUCUCCAAGGUCCCAGCAAGUCUGCCGGCUGCUGUGGAAGGCCUCGCAACGAAGGAGGUGUAUGGAUACAUCGUCACUAACCAGAGUCCUCUCAGCCUGAAUGAUGGAGUGAAACUACUAGAACUCCUGGCAAAGAGAAUCCACCUUACAACAAUCAGCUUCAUCAACAUCAGUGUGGUGGGGCCGGCCCUGACCUUCCGGAUCAGACAGAACCCUCUGAACAUGAGUGCUGAGGAAGUGGCCGAGAAGGCUGUGUCGGAGAAAAACUUUCUCGAGUCGGAGACGGGGCUGAAGAUACUGCAGACAGGUGUUGGAGAGAGGAGUGAUGCUCAUGGCCUCCCCCACGCCACGCGGGUGAGGGAGGGCUCCAGUGGGCUGGUCCUAACGCUGGUGUCCAUGGCGUGUGUUGGCGGUAUCCUGGUGGUGGCGCUGACCGUCGCCUGUCUCAGACACCACGCCCAGCAUCUGGCCAGCGGGAAACUGGGCCUGGGACCAGAGGCUGGACCCGAGACCCACUUCGACUACCAGGAGCUCUGCAGACAGCACAUGGCAGCCAAGACGUCGUUCAGCCGGCAGGAGACGGUGGCGGUGGGCGCCGGGGGGCGCCGGGGCACGGACACAUCCAGGGUCAGCAGUGUCUCCUCCCAGUUCAGCGACGGCCCCCAACACAGCCCCUCCUCGCACAGCAGCACCCCAUCCUGGAGCGAGGAGCCGGCCCAGUCCAACAUGGACAUCUCCACAGGACACAUGAUCCUGGCCUACAUGGAGGACCACCUGAGGAAUAAAGACCGUCUCCUGAAGGAGUGGGAGGCACUGUGCUCCUACCAGGCGGAGCCCAGCGCUGUAACCGUGGCUCAGAGCCAACAGAACCUGGAGAAGAACCGCUGCUCUGAUUCCCUGCCAUACGAUCACUCCCGAGUUAAACUGAAAGCUGAGGUCAACGCCACCAAAGAAGACUACAUCAACGCCAGCAUCAUAAUUGACCACGACCCUCGACUGCCAGCCUACAUCGCCACCCAGGGUCCAAUGGCACACACCGUCUCAGACUUCUGGCAGAUGGUGUGGGAGAACGGCUGCACGGUGAUCGUCAUGACGACCGCGCUGGUCGAAGAUGGGGAGACUCAGUGUGUCCGCUACUGGCCUGACGAGGGCUCCGCCCUCUACCACAUCUACGAGGUGAACUUGGUCUCUGAACACAUCUGGUGUAAGGACUUCCUGGUUCGUAGUUUCUAUCUGAAGAACGUUCAAACCCAGGAGACCCGGACUCUCACCCAGUUCCAUCUGCUCAGCUGGCCUGCCAACGGAAUCCCCACCUCCACGCGCCCUCUGCUGGACUUCCGCAGGAAGGUCAAUAAGUGCUACAGAGGUCGAUCCUGCCCCAUUAUCGUCCACUGCAGUGAUGGGACCGGUAGAACUGGAACCUAUAUACUAAUCGACAUGGUCCUAAAUCGCAUGGCAAAGGGUGUGAAGGAGAUUGACAUCGCUGCCACUUUGGAGCAUAUUAGAGACCAGAGGCCGAGCCUGGUGCGCACCAAGGGUCAGUUUGAGUUUGCUCUGACAGCGGUGGCGGAGGAGGUCAAUGCCAUCCUGAAGGCUCUGCCACAGUGAGCUCUGGAUCCGUCCCUGCCCACCAUCUGUGCCACAUCCCCAGUGGGUAAACCGGACGCAUGGAGGAAGUGGAGGCCUGAGAACAGGAUGCCCCCCCCCCUUCCCCCAAAGGGUGUCUCUUCUACACCUGCCAAAUUAGGUCUAUUCAUGAACAUUCUGAUACAAUCAGGGAGAAAAACCUUUGUCAGAGUACUUUAUUUUAAAUACAGUAUCCAAAUGAAAUGUGUUCCCAAGAAUCCUGUCGGUUAGUGUUUUAGUAAUCUCCCCAUGGUUUUCCCUGGCAAACCUUUAUGUUUUUGGAAAUACGUGACUAAGAAAACUCCACGAGAGUUUUGGGAAACGCUGCAGUAGAUUAUUCUCAUAGGGACAUUUAGAAAUAUUCCAGUACCAUUACGGUGAAACCUUUUGGUGUGGACUGUGCCAGGCAAACAAAAUACCAGGAUCCCAUCUCCUUCCCACAGCUGUCUGUCAGUCUCAAACACAUCUCACUGGAGAGAUUUCCAUAAAGGCCAUGCUCCGCCCUGAUUUGUGGUCGUGAAGAUGUUGUUCAGAACUAGUCCUUGUCCUUUAGAUACAGUAGCAUCCAUCUACACAGCACCACACAGCAUAUGAGGCCCACUACUCAUUUUAUGACUGAAGACGGAGGCAGUGAGUGUGGUUAAGAGGGAUAUUGUACGUGUGUCAGAGCAGUGUUUCUAUGGGGGGCGUGUUGUGUAUGCCUCCAAAACAUGACAGUCGUUUAAACUGUAACCCUACCCUUGUGCUUCACUUCUACAAGGAAUCUGUAUUCAUCUAGUAACGGUCACUGAUUGGCCAAUCAUACACAUCUGCUCGGAAUCAUUGACCGUUAGUGUCUUCUCUGUGACUCUACACCCCUCUGUGAUCACUGUAAAUAGUUCACCUAAUUAAUUUCUGUUUAUUCAUGUAGCAAACACAUAGAAAACGAAUAUAAAAAUAUUUUUAACUUGAUGUAUGUAAUUAAAUCUAUAUAGUGACGUGGUGCAACA